ACUGUCCCCCACCUUCCCCCAGCAGCAGCACGUCACCAUGGCAGUGACGUCACCGAGUACGCUGACGUCAGGCAGAGGCCUACCGGACGUGGAGAGUGCUUCACCCCCCCGCGCUGAUGAGGGCGCUCUGGCCUGUGUGUGUGUUCUUGGCCCUGCUGCUGGGAUUGGAGGCCGCUCGGUUGGCUUUACGUGUGUGAGUCUGUGAGGUUCUUCCUGUGACGGGGUCCGGAUAGGAGGCGGCUCCCCGGGGGACCCGAGACGUUCACCCCGGUGAUUGGCUGGAGCGGAUCCCUGAGCUGUGAGUUCAGAGGACGCAGUUUAGUAUGGAUGAGGUUUCCAAAAAGAGCAACGAUAAUACAGACAUCAUACAGACCAUUACCUUCCCAGCUUCAGCUUUCCAAGGGUCACAUAUCGCUCAACAGAUGUCUCUGAGAGGCACAACUCCCCUGGCUGUUGUACUUUCUGGGGAACAACAAGUCCAAGUGCAAGGUGUAAUCCAGACUGCCCAGUCCUCUGUGAUACAUUCUCCCCAGGUGCCGCCAUCACAGGGCUCCUCACUAUCAGACAGUGAGGAUUCGCAGGACUCAUCUGAUAGUAUUGAUUCCUCUAGGAAGGCACGUGGUAUUUUAGCUCGUCGGCCAUCCUAUAGGCAAAUCUUGAAAGAUCUGUCUUCUGAAGACACUGGGGAAAGAAAACGAAACGAAGACAGUGCAGGUGUGUCUACUGUUACACCUAUGUCUGCCGCUACCACUAUAUACCAGACCAGCACUGGACAGUAUGUAACCAUCGGUCCUAAUGGAACCCUCCAGCUUGCCACUUCAGGAACAGAUGGGGUACAAGGGUUACAGGCACUGGCAAUGGCCAACGCCAGCAGCAACCAAUCAGGAACAACUAUACUACAGUAUGCCCAAACAUCAGAUGGUCAGCAGAUUCUUGUACCGAGCAAUCAAGUGGUUGUACAGACUGCAUCAGGAGACAUGCAGACAUAUCAGAUCCGCACUACGUCAACUACCACCUCUCUACCACAAACGGUGGUUAUGACCUCACCCGUUACACUGUCCUGUCCCCCAACGAAAUCAGACGACCCACAACUAAAGCGUGAAAUAAGAUUAAUGAAAAAUAGGGAGGCCGCCCGAGAAUGUCGAAGAAAGAAGAAAGAGUAUGUUAAAUGUUUGGAAAACAGAGUUGCAGUUCUUGAAAAUCAAAACAAAACAUUAAUUGAAGAGCUAAAGACUUUAAAAGAUUUGUACUGUCAUAAAACUGUUUAAAAUGUUGUGUUUUUGUCA